AUGGCAACAACAAUACCGUAUCGACCGUCAAACGACUCCCUCUCCGCCUCGAAUAACCGCCAAACAAGUGGUCUUCCUCGGCUCUCGCCUGCGGCCUCCUUUAUCGGACGCUCGCCUAGCAGCUCACACGGCUCUUAUCGAAGAACAUCCACAGAGAAUGCGACCUCAAGCUUCAGGCCACGCCGCUGUAAAGCGCAGUACCCGCUCGACUCGCCGGAGCGCCAUGUGGAAUACAUCCUGGUUGCGUCCUUCCAUAUUGAUCGGGGUCCGAUCAUGGAGCACCAGUAUCCGGCUGCAAUUAGUGGGGACGAGAGCAUGCUUGCAGAGCUGAUGCUGCCGGAUCAGACGCAUGUGCGGAGUCAAGACUGGACCAUGUUCUUCUUACACAAAGACACUAGUGGCGACGAAGAAACGGAUUCAGCGGGUGGAAAGAAGAAGAAAAAGCGGAAAUCACAAUACCAUGGAAACCAAGAGGGAGCCGAUAUUCUGGACGAGGACCUGGAGACCUCCGAUGACCCCGACAGCAGCGAUGACGAGGGUGGUGAAGGGCCACCCUUGAUGUAUGUGUUGAAUCUUGUCAACACGAAGCAAGAUAACACGGUCCGAAGAGGCGCAGUAGUCAAGGCAAUGGCAAUCUGUACGCGACAUUCAUUCCUCCACAUUUACAAACCUUUACUACUUCUAGCGCUGGAGGACUAUUUCAAGUCUCCAUUCCCCGAAACUCUGGCAUCCCUCUAUGAUGCCGUUAACGCCAUGGACCUUUCGUUAAUGCCGAAAAUGUCGAUGCUUGAGCGCCAUAUCUUGCAAUCUAGCAACACAAAGGAUAUGUUCCUGGAGAAAUUCGAACAAAUGAUUCGCCAGCGGGAAGAAGAAGAACUUCAGGAUGGGGAAUGUCCGCCGUCACCGAAGAAAAUGAGCCGAUACGCCCUACCGCGGGAUACACAUGAGUACGAGUCGAAAGUGGUCUACAAUGACAUCCCCAUCCCGGUCAAAAUUCCGACAGUCAUUUGGCCGGAGACCGUUGGAGACUUCUCCCUCAUCAAGCUCAUUCAGACGUUCGCCGUGCCGCAUGCCACAUCCCCCCAGGCUUUCCCAGCGCAUCCCCAUUUGACAACCAGCGGACCAUUCACACACCCCGUUAUUGUUCUUGUCAACGCCAUCCUCACUCAGAAGCGGGUGGUAUUUCUAGGACACAACCGGCCAUCGGGAGAAGUUGCAGAGGCGGUUCUGGCGGCCUGCGCUCUUGCAUCCGGUGGCAUUCUGCGUGGAUUUACUCGUCACGCAUUCCCUUAUACUGAUCUGUCCAAAAUCGACGAUCUCCUCAAAGUACCUGGGUUUAUUGCAGGAGUCACAAACCCUACAUUUGCUAACCAUCCCGAAUGGUGGGACGUUAUGUGUGACCUCCCCACUGGUCGCAUCAAGAUCUCAAGUCACGUUGAACCUGCACCAGUAACAGAAGGGCUUCUAUUCUUCCAGCAGCAGAAUUCGCUCUUACCCAACAGUACAUCCCACACGACCCAAGACCCAACAGGUGAUACAUUAUUCAUAGAAGACAUCCUCCGCAGCAUCAGCCAACGCCACGGCGAGAAUGCCGUGCGCGCAAAAUGGCGAGCCUACAUAACUAAAUUCGUCCGCGUCGCCGCAGCCUUCGAAGAAGCAGUCUACGGCGCCUCAAACCUCUACAUCAUCGGCCCAGGCGAAGAACUCUCCCCAGACAGCCCAACAGGCCACCAAACCGACGCCUCAGACCCAACAACUCUCCGCGGACACGGGUACGUCUGGACAGACGAAACCGCCAAACAGCGCGAGCUCUCGGCCUCCGUCUCCCGAAUCGAAGGCUGGCGCAACACGCGCUCCUACUACUCCUACAUCCAAGACAUCGCAGCAAUGUACUUCCCCGCGCGUCCAAUCCAACGCCCAGACAUCCACCACCACCACGACCGUCUCCGCGCCCUAAAACUCUCCCACUCCGAAGCAGCCUCCAUCUAUCUCGCCCUCUCCCACUCCGUCAAGGACUACGCCGGCAUCUGCCAGCUCCUAACCGUCGCACCGGAGAACCAGGCUGGUCUCUUCUAUAUCAGUAUGGGUCUGUUCCACCCGGACCAGGUCGUCCGCGAAGCGACAGCUGAUCUUCUCGACCGCAUCGCCGCACACCCAGCCGGCCGCCAUUUCUGGACGCAUGUUGGCCGCUUUGCGAAGCUGGGGUAUAUCCGCGUCAAACGGGAACGAGAUGCCGCUACACAGAGUCCUAUCUCUGGUGGUGGGUCGCCGGUUCCUACGAGUCCUGGGGCUAGCUUUGGGGGUGAGCAGCAGAGUCUUGUUGGUGUUGCUAUGGGCGGUGGGAUGAAGAGGAGGAGUUGA